UCUGCACAAGCUUUGCAAAGCCAAGACUGGGAGCAAUCAUCUCCAUCCAGGACCAGGGAUCCAGGGGAGCUAGUGUGACCCAGAAAGUCCAGGAUCUGCAAACUGGGAGUAUAUGACAGGGAGGGAGGGAAUAGGAGCCUGGAAGGGCUGUGACUCGGCGAAUUACAACAGGAAGGGGAAUGAAUGAUUUUUCUCUUCUUUCUUUUUUUUUUUGGUACCUUCACCCAUUCAAAGAAAUGCAAGCACUGGGGGGCAGACAAAGCCAAGUGCAUGCUGUGCCAACAGUGGUCCGAUUCGAUUAGGAUGUAAAACGAAGCGGGGAGCCCACAGACGAUACAUGUGUACCAGGAGCGGGGGGCAUCCCAGCUGCAGUCUGCAAAUCCUCUCCAGCACACACAGUCCAAGGCUGCCUUCAGGUGCAGGAGCUGCUUCUGCUGCUGCUGCUGCUGCUUCUACCCCCACCACCACAACCGUGACAAGCGUCUGUGGAACCUACAUGGGGAUUAUCCUUCCUGGCUGAGAGAGAAAGGUACAGCACCAUAAAGCUUGACACUUCAGGGAGCGGGGAGCUCGGCUAUGUAAAUCUUGGCCACCAAUCAGUCAAUGAACCAGCUCCACAUUCUAGCCAAGGGGAAGUCGCGAGGAUCUCAUGAGAAGACUACAAAGCCUUUAACAAUGUUUCCUAGUUCAGAUGAACCAGUGUGCCUGCAAGAAGAAAGCCUGAAAAUGAUGUGAAACUUUAUGAAAGAGAUGGUAUGUUGAGAGAUGGUAUUACGAAAUGUCCGGGGACUAUGAAGAGGAUGUUUGCAGCAUCACAGUGAGGUUGAUGAAAGAACUUUGCUACAGGAAUGAACAAGAUGAAAAAUGUCUGGAAUUUUAUGACAUACAACGCAACCUUGGGCUGACACGCUAUACAGACUCAGAUGUCUCUGUCAGUCUUCUAUCGGUCAUUGUCACCUUUUGUGGAGUAGUUUUGCUUGGAGUCUUGCUCUUUGUCUCUUGGAAGUUAUGUUGGAUUCCAUGGAGGGACAAAGGUUCAACCCAGAAGAAGGAUCAUGGACACCAUGGCCACCUCCACCACUCCCACUAUGGGGACUUAUUGGUGGAUCGUGUAGAGCUUGGACAGGAGAUGCCGGAGCGCUCUUAUUUAGACAUGGACUCCUACCCAGAAGCCAACAUUAAAAUAAGUCAGACAUCUCCUGACAUACCAGUUGACAGCCAGGGUGUGGCCAAGGAAUCUCAGAUGCCUUAUGCACAGUCGCACCAGCAAGUGGCUAAUAUUGCUCCGGCUACCAGAUACAACACGCUGCCCAGGCCAAUGACGCAGCAGUUAUCCAGUCCUGACUUUUCAGGUCACGUGGAUGAGAAACCGGAGCAGGCCACCAGCAUUGGUCAAAUCAAGCCAGAGUUAUAUAAGCAGCGGUCAGCGGACGCAGAGAUGAAGAAGCAGGAGGCCACCAGCUGUGGACGCAUUAGCUUCAUCCUACGCUAUGCCUACAACUCAGAGCAACUGGUUGUAAAGAUAUUGAAGGCCCUAGACCUACCAGCAAAGGAUGCCAAUGGGUUUUCGGAUCCAUACGUGAAGAUGUAUCUACUGCCUGACCGAAAGAAAAAGUUCCAGACUAAAGUUCACCGCAAGACUCUUAACCCAAUCUUUAAUGAGACAUUCCAUUUCAAUGUGCCCGUCAAUGAGCUCCAGAACCGAAAGUUACACUUCAGCAUCUAUGACUUUGAUAGGUUCACCCGACAUGACCUCAUUGGGCAGGUGGUGUUGGAUAACUUGCUGGAUUUCUCAAAUCCUACAGAAGAAACGCCCAUCUGGAGAGACAUCUUGGAAGCCAGUUCCGAGAAAGCCGACUUGGGUGAAAUCAACUUUUCGCUGUGUUACCUCCCGACUGCAGGCCGCCUUACUGUCACCAUCAUCAAAGCAUCGAACCUGAAGGCAAUGGAUCUGACUGGCUUCUCAGAUCCAUAUGUUAAAGCGUCUCUCAUCUGCGAGGGCCGGAGGCUGAAAAAGAGAAAAACAUCGAUAAAGAAGAACACGUUGAACCCAACCUAUAAUGAGGCGCUUGUGUUUGACAUUCCCAAUGAAAACAUGGACCACGUGAGCCUCACCAUCGCAGUUAUGGAUUAUGAUUGUAUAGGUCACAAUGAGGUUAUUGGAAUGUGUCGUGUGGGCGGUGAUGCCGACAUGCCUGGAAGGGAACAUUGGAAUGAGAUGCUGGCGAAUCCCAGAAAACCUAUUGAGCACUGGCAUCAACUUGUUGAGGAGAAAGCUUUGACCAGUUUUGUGACAAAAUCUUCCCCACCCCGGGAAAAGCCAAGUAUAAUAGUGGACAAUACACUGUCUGACUAGUUGACUCCACUAUCUAGGAAGAGAGAAGCAGACCAGGAGUGCUGUAUGUGAGCUGCAGGCCUUGCUCUGUUUCCUCUUCAUCUCACCUUUUCAACGAGGAGAGCAUCGGACUCCCAGGAAUGACGAAAGGAAGAUGAGGCUGUAAACAAAUGUAGAUUUACUUAAAGCCAUAGAGUAAUCAUGUACAUUUUGGAUGAAUCUGCACCAAGCCAUGGUGAACUCAUACAGGCCUUCCCGCCAUGGAUGGGGAUAGUGAAUGCUGCCUGACUUGACUCUCCUCAUUUCAAACUCCAGCAAUGCACUGAGCAGAGCAUGGGUGGUAAAGAAGAGGCGAACGAUGUGGCGCUAAAUAAAAAGCGGGCAUCAAGGGACAUUAACGCUGAGUGAUCUGCAUGUAAAGGAAAAGUCUCUCCUCUCAGCAUCAUUUUGCUCCCUGCGUGGAGGACGUAGUGCUUGACUUGCCAAAGCAAUGCCGCUAUUGGUCUUUCGACUUGUUUUACAGCUAUCGGCUUGUUGACAACAGCGCUUGCCUCAUUCUUUGAGAACACCACCGAUCAUGUAGAACCUCUGCUGAAAACUAACAAAAAAAAACAGGUUGUGUACCACGCUCAUUUAAUUUACCAUCGUGAGACCGUUUGUUUUGGUAAACAGUUGUUGGACGAUGGACACCAAGAGAACUUCUUAGACUCUUGCCAUGAGAUGUAAGCACUUUUCUGUCGACUGUCUUUCUAUUGAUUUAUGUAAUAAUGUAAAUUCUGUGUGUGUGAGGCUGAUGCCAAUGCCAAGUUGAGUGGUAUUUGAUGGAUUUUUUUUCCAUCCAUGCAAGUUUACCAUUAAUAUUAUGGUGAAUGAGACUUCAGAAUAUGGUCAUUGGUCCGAUGUUUCUGGUGUUGAUCACGACUGUACAAAGGGUUUGUCUUCCAGCCCUGAUGUAGAUCCAAGGGUUCUGAUGAUUGUUUUCCAGUGCACGGUUAUUGGUUUGUAUAGAAGGUGUCGUAUACUGACCUAUAGAUUUGAUUUAAAAAUAAAUAAAUCUUAUUCUUUUACAAAAAUUUAUGCCAGCUAAAUGCCACUAGGCCUUUUCCAAAACGUUGUGGCCUACUAAUCAACAUUGUGCCUAAUGGCUUAGAAGAUUAAUAUAUUAUUGAGAUUUUAUUGGGAGAUAAAGAUAUGAUUUUAACUAUAAUACUUCAGUAACGAGAGAAAUAUAUAUUCCCAAACCUAUAUCUACAUGUAUUCUAGAAGGAUGAAGAGUACAUAUGGUCAUACAGGAACAAAACCGAAUAUGGCGAAUCCAUCCAUGUGUGUAACGGUGACCGAUGUAUAGUAAUUCUGUACCUGACUCUGUUCUUGUUUCGAUACAUCUUCAGUCCUACAAGGUAUAUUUCUUGAUCACGUCUUAAUGUUGCCAUUGCUUAACGGAGGGUGUGCAAUAUCCACAUGUCGAUUAAAAUCUUCUUGAUGUCUUCAUUUUUUCUGACUUGUUGACCACUUCCAGAUGUUCGGAGUUUAGGUGACUUUUAUCCAUCACUUCAUUUAAAAAUAACAAUUUCCCUAUCCUUUUGUAUAUCGAAAAGAUUCUUCAAGUGAGUGUCCAGCCUUUAACACAUUUUUGCCCUUUGCAUGGGCAACCGCAGGGUGACCUAAGCACUUUCAAAUCUGAAUAUUAAACUAAUUUGUCACAUCCAUCUAGUUGGACCCAAAAAGAAUCUUGGGAAAUUGACUAAUUUCUACUCAUUACUAUGGAUAGGUGAUCAGUUUCAAUCUUAAAAUUUACAAUCAAGAAAGGAAAUCAGAACUCUGUAAUAAAAAAAACAAUAAAAAACAAACCAAGAAAAAAAUAUUAAUAUUAAAGGAGUACUCCAGCCAAAAUUAAGUUAUCCCCUAUCCACAGAAUGGGGGAUAAUAGCUGAUCACGGGGAGGGGGGUCCGACCUACUGCUGCAAUCUCCAGGAUGAGUCCCCGGCGCUCUUAGUGAGAAGCACGUGUCAUCUACCAGUAGACGGUAUGCGCUCCAUUCAUUUCUAUGGGAGCGCCGGUGAUGCCCGAGAGCUGUACUCUGGUCUUUUCGGCACUCCCAUAGAAAUAAAUGGAGCGCAUGCUGGCUGCAGCACCCUCUCCUCACUGGGUCCAAUCUCGGUGAUUGCGGUGGGGCCCCAGCAGUCGGACCCCUAUGAUCAGCUACUUAUGAAUAGGGGAAAAGUUAAUUUUUGCCGGAGAUCUCCUUUAAGAGAUGAAUUCACACAGAAUUUAGGAUCUAUAAAUGACUGAUAAAAGAUGGAGAUUCACUUUGAAGAUGAAGAAGUCUUAGUGAUGAAAAGCGGGGAAAUUUCAAGGGUCAUGUAUACAUUUCGUAUCAUCUUGAUAUGAGCAAAAAACAAAAUGUGAAAUUUUGAAUUUCAUGAUGAGAUUCUCUUUGUAUGAGGUAUAGUCCAUAAUAAUGUACUUUCAGUUUUUGGCUACUUGCAAAGGGGUAUAAAAGAGCUUGACCAUACGACGCGUUCCUCUUGGGUGGCCUUUCUUUAGGUGCUAGCACUUUUCCUCCAAAUUUCUCUACAUCGAUUGGAUUCACAGAGGAUUGCAUGGACUUCAUAGCAUGCUCUAAAAAAAACUAUAAAUUGCAAGAGGAACAGAUCUGCUACUUAUGGGGGGGGGCUGCCCAAUAUAUUUUAGUUAAUAAGAGGAGGUAAAAAAAAAUAUGAAACAAAAGCAAACAAAGCUGACUCAUACAAAUUUGAACCAUGAAAAAUAAAAUCAAAACCAAAUGCACGUUUUGGAUAAAAAAUUAAUAAAUAAAAAUUAAAACAUUUGUCUGUUUAUAGUGUGUGAGAAAAUGUUCAUUUCUGAACAGUCAUUGACUGUAAAGCCAUACUAAACUAUUGAAAAAUACAAAAAAAGUAAUAAAAGGAAGAUGUGAAA